CGGUAAUUCAUUCUCACACAAGAGUGUCUUCUCUUUAUUUACCUGAGAAAAAUGGCGGAAGUUUGUUUACAUUUUUAACAACAAUGAAUGUAUUACUUAAAAUGUACAACACGCGGUAUAACAUCUAACAAGAAUUUAGUUCUGUUAUUUAAAGAUCAUAGCAGUGCGUUGAAUUGCGGCAUGCUUCCUGUUGGAGAACUUACAUUGCAUGUGAAGAAGUAGUUGACUGCAAAUAAAACGCAAAUUGAAUUUCGUAAUGGCAGUUGUAUCAGCUGAUGUUGUUACAUAAAAAUCAAUUUUCCACGAGCGAUUUUGUGACAGCAGAUCAGAGAUGAUUUAGGAAAGAUUAAUAUCGGGCGCUUCAAGAAAUUGUUGAUCAAUAUGCCUCAUAAUAAAUUUUAGAUUUACUGCUCUCAAAGACAGAAGACUCAAUCCAAAUGGAUUAAAACUGAUGGGAAAUACACGCAUUUUACAUUUAAAUGUAAAAUAUUUGAUUCACUAAGUGCACCAUUAAGUUUUGUGAAUAAUGCUUACGAUUCCGAGUUGACCGAGAGCACAGUCUUAAAGUAUUUAACGACAAAAUUAAGUUACUAAUGUCAAAGCUGGAUUUUGAAGUGAUCAUUUUUGAAGAUAAAUUUAUGAUUUUAGGCGCACAUUUUGAAAUGUCAGAUUAUUAUUUGAUUUUUAGCUGAGGUGCAUUUUAUAAAACGUCCAAUAUUCAUUAUAUGAAUUUCGCAAUAUCGCCUUUGGGACUUUUCCAAGGAGAGGGAAAUAUUUGUGUUAGAAGCAACUGAAAAUUACAUGCCAGUAAAGUCUGUAUAAUAUGCCGUAUUCAAGACUCUAGUGUGAAAUUUAACGGCUAAAGUGCACUUAAUACAGAGGAAGAAAAAUAACGUCAAAUUUAAAGUAUGGAGUAAGCGAAAGAAUAUUCAGAUUAGACACAUGGCAGCGUGUUUGAAGUUUGGAGCAACAAAAGCGAAUUUAUUGCGAAUGUAAAAAGAAAUAUGAACAAAUGACAGUAAAUAAAAUACCUUCAACAACGAAAAUAAAAAUGUAUACUAAAGGCCAGUUCAAGAAGUAACUAAGUGCUUGUUUUGCGUGUAAAGGAGAAGAAAAGACAACAACAACAAAUCAUAUUCAGAAAACAACAACAAAGAAAAGGAGAAAACAAUGUUUUUAAGAAAAAUGUCAGUUGUAUGCAAUCGCCGAGUUCUAAUGAUGUUGUUUUACUUCCAUCUGGUGCUUCUUGGAGUUAUUUUGAUAAUUGCUUACGACAUAAACACGUCGCCGAAAGAAACAGAAUAUCUUAAAGCAUAUAACCGUUGGAAAGCAAUUAGGGACGACUUUGAUUCGUACAGUAAACAACGUGCGCAGAAAGACGCUUAUUUGCAAAUUCGAGGCCGACAGAUGGACGCAGUGGCGGGGUUUGAUCUGCUGAAUGGAGACAGCAACGAUAAAAUCAAACUAUCAAACAACGGGAGUGUGGAUGAAAGGGUGUAUGCAUCUAGUGCAAUCAAUCCGUUGAAUUUCAUACCCAAAGUGCCUGAGUAUUCGCAGUCUGACAUUGUGCCAUAUCUAUCGUCUAACAUAACGCGGAAAUAUUUAGCAUUGCCAAGAGCUAUCUUUACACACAAAAUAGUAAUACUGACUCCUGUAUGUGAUGUUGCCCAUGUAUUGAAUAAUUAUAUGAAACAAUUGGCAAAAUUGAGCUAUCCACAUGAUUUAUUGUCGGUUUAUUUAGGCGAAGAUAGCAGCACCGAUCGAACUUUAGAUAUGGCAACUUUGAUAGCAGACGACUUGAAAUCUAAUUAUGGUUUUCAUGACGCAGCGGCGUACCAUUUCAAUUUUUCCGGUGGCGUCCAUGGCGCAUGGGGUGACGUCCACCAUAGGGCAAGUCAGUAUGAAAGGCGCGCGCAUAUAGCCAAAUCCAGAAACAUGCUUCUUAAAAUUGGUCUUGCACGUGGAGAAUUUGAUUACGUAUUAUGGAUCGACAGCGAUGUCAAACAACUUCCAGCAGAUCUGAUACAGCAGCUACUUUUCGCUAAAAGUGACGUUGUUGUCCCCUCAUGUUUGUUUCAGAGUGGUGAUUAUAAACGGACGUUUGAUAAAAAUUCUUGGCGGGAAACUCCUGCUUCUAUUGAGGAUCAGGAACACUUGCCUAAAGAUAUAUUAAUAGUUGAAGGAUACAGCAUAUCACGGAGGAUAUAUUUACCAGAUUUAAAGGCGGAGGGACGAAUUGUACGUUUAGAUGGUGUUGGGGGUUGUGCCUUGUUAAUUAAAGCAAGUUGCCAUAGGCGGGGCCUCAAGUUUCCGGAGAGAGUCUAUACCCAUCAUAUAGAGACUGAAGGGUUAGCGAAAAUGGCUGACCAUAUGGGAUUUACUGUGGUUGGAGUCCCAUUUGUGGAAGUCUUUCAUAAUUAAACUUUAACUUGCUUUAAAGUCAUACAUUCCAGUUAGCCAAAUGUCAUAUUAGCAUUUAUAUGUUUUUAUGUUAAAAAUCAAUCACAUUUCAUACGAAUUAUGCAAACAAGAGGUCUAAAACAUUAUUUAUAAGUAAUUUGACGUAAUACGUAUAUAACGUGAAAUUUUAAGUACGUAAAGAACGACAGAUGUGAAAAAAGGUAGUUUGACAAUGGUUUUUCUACCAAUUCGUAAUCUGUAUUUAUAUAAAUGAAUUCACUCAGUAUAUAUUAAUUAUGAACAAACUUUCCAUUUCUGAAGAAAAACUCACAGAAACAUUUGAUGAUUAUUUAUUAAAAUAAUGGGUAACUCCAUGGAGUGUUCUUUCGUUGAAAUGCAGUUGUCAGCCGAGUCUCUGUCACUGGGUGUUUCGCACCUUAUUUAGAUCUGCAGAUGGCGGUACAUAUAGUGUUGAUCAGUCAUUAUACCAUCUACACUCACUGCUAAGUUGGUUCACUGCCUCGUUGCCAAGUCAGCUGGACGAUGUUUCUGCACUUUCCAACGAUAGUUCUAGUCAAACAGUCACGUGUAGUUCAUAAAUUUGUUAGGCGUUAUUUUAAAGAAUACCUUUGUUAGUGUGGUUUCAAAACGGUUUGUUCAGAUCAGCGUGUCCCCCGUCGUGGUCGUUCGGUCUUUCGUUAAUAUCUGGUUGGAUAAGUCUUUUUUAUAGAUGAAUGUUUUUGUUGUUGGUGGAUUUAACCUAUUGUUGACAAUUAUCCCCAUCAAAAUGAUGUUAAAUGUCUAAAUAGCUUUGACUUUUCUGAACAAAAAACCGACAGCUAAGAGUAUUAAAUUUGGUUAUUUUACAAAUAAGUUAACAACUUGUCAUUUGGUAAUAAAGGUUUGUUCCCUCGUUUUUCAGUUGCAAUGCUCAUUUCCCCGAGAGAAUUUUCAUAUAUCAAUAUCAUCAACAAAAAUGCAUGUGUUAGUAAUGUUAUAGUUGUAAUACUAAGCCCCAUCUGUCAGUUCUAUAGUUUUUCUUAAUGGCAUUCUGUUAUAGAUGCCACACGAAAGUCUGUCAUUUGUUGUGUCUUAAUUAUUGUUUAUAUAUGCAAUGAUUGUUGUUCUCUCUCACCAUGUUAGAGUAUUUUGUUAUAUACUUGGUUGAUGAACAGAAAAAGAGAUAGAGGCACCUAUGUGAUCACUGAUAAAUACAAGGGUUAUUUUUGUUAAUGUCUGUCAGUUGUGUAUGUUAUAUAAAAGCGUCACGGAGAUAAUACAUACAUUGGUAAUGUUACAGUUAUAAAUGUAAGCCGUUUUCUAUUUUUAAUGAAAUUUUAUUAGCAAAUAAUCAAGUCUUUCCAGUAGUUUGUCAUCAAAUUUAUCACAGUUCAGACGCACAGAAAUUGAAUAUCUAAGCAAUUGAUGAACCGUGGUAAAUUAAACUACAAACCAUAAAAAACAUUGAUUGUUUUCAUUCUUACAUGUUCAUUGAAAUUUUUUAUAAAAUUAUGCAGGGCUUCAUUUAUCCAGAUAGUAAUGAACCGCACGUCCUGCGGCAAUUUGACGUCACAACUGACGUCAUACUGCUCUUAACGGUCCGCGCGUCAAACGUUGUUUAUCGCAGAAUAUUCAGAGUUUUCAUGAUCUUCUUCUUUGUUUAACUGGCAAUCAAAUUGAACCAUGUUAGAAAGUUCAUUUGUAAGUGCAUGUCUUUGAAGCGACUUAAUCAUUGUUUAUUAUACAGCUCUUGCCAUUUCCUCGCUGUGUUUCUUACUUUUUAUGUAUAAAUUACUGUACACAACUGAAAGAGAGAUAAAUACAUACUGUACAUUUUACUUCAAAGAAGACAGAAACUGCAAUACUUUUUUACAAUACAUUCCAUUGUAAAUCACCAUUCCAUAAUUGUCACACAUACCUUUAAUGUUUAAUGAGAAUGUUAUGGCGGAGGCACUGUAUAGUUAAGGUAGCAUGUCACGAUCUCACCUUAACAAACUUUCGUCAUUCGUGAAAAUCAGGUUUUUUUCUAUCAUCAUAAAUAUUAUUUUAGUCGAGUUGAUCGAGUUAAAUACAUUUUUAUCACAUGAUUUUUACAGAAAAUUAGACAUUUAUACAGACUUAUUUACUUAAUUGUCAGACAUAUUUUAAUAAAGAACACGUGUAAAAUAUAAAGUUAUGCUACCAUCUUAUGAAGAAAAUAAAUGUGUAGAUAUAUAACCAGA